AUGUCGAACCAGCAGAGGACCGCGGGACCAGAGUGGCAAGAGCACCGGCACACAGAUGGCCGAAUCUACUUCGCGAACCAGCGCACAGGAGAGACCAAAUGGUACAAAGAUCUCGGCGCCUGGGACAAGGUGGAGACGUCUGACGGCCGCACGUUCUAUCGCAACCGGCGCACGGGCAACACCACUGACACGCAGCCACACGACUUCCAGCGGAGCGAAUGGGCGGAAGCGAAGACGAAUGCAGGCCGCUCCUAUUAUUUCAAUAAGAGCACCCGAGAAACGAGCUGGCACAGGUACGAUGAAAAGAAAGCGACAGGACGCAAGGCAUGGACUGACAAUGUACUACUAUCCACAGGCCAGGGAUGAGCCUGCGCGGUCUGGCAAACAACAGCACCGCUCCGCCCGCUCCGUCAUCCCAUGCACCACCACCGCCGCCGACGCAGACAGCUCCGGCCGUGCCCGCAUUUAACGAGCUCCCGGAUCCAUACAACCAAUACGUCUUCCACGAGCUGGAAAGCAGGACGCGGAGCAACGAGGACUUGCUGGAGAAGCACGGCAUCGACACCGACAAGACUGGAAAGUGA